AUGGAAGACAAGGAGGAAGAACAUAACAAAAACAAGGAUCCAAUUCGCAUUGAUUUGAUUCCUCUUGAUCUAACGAUAGAGAUUCUCACUAGACUGCCCGUAAAAUCGCUUCUAAGGUUCCAGUAUGUUUCGAAGACAUGGUGUUCCAUUAUCCGAAGCAAAGAUUUCAUCAACUCUUCGGUCUCUAUGUCCUCGAUGCCAUCUUCACAAAUUCUAAUAUCUUUCAAAAACGGUACCUUGACCAACAAGAAUCCUGAAAAUUGUUUAUUCUUCAUUACUUCUUCACAAGAGGACGAAGAAUCUUCCUCUCUGGUAACAAAUCUCGACAUGAAACUGACUUCCGUGGAGGCUUAUUUUCAUACACGGUGUGCUUCUGUCAAUGGCUUUAUCUGCAUUUCACAUAAUGGCCGGUUCAAGAUAUGUAACCCUACCACGGGACAAGUCAUAACCCUACCCGAAAUCAAAGGUAAUAAAUGGAAGCAUACAUAUAAGUACUUAGGGUAUGAUCCGGUUAAUGAUGAAUACAAAGCAUUGUGUAAGACGGUUUCAAAUCUUAAAGAAGAGCACAAGAUUUUAACAAUUAGGGCUGAUAGAAGAUCUUCAUGGAGACACGUUGAAGGCACUACCUUGAAUUAUCACCCUUUAACAAAUACAAUAUGCAUCAAUGGGUUUGUUUAUUACGGUGCUUCAACUCAUUUACAAGAUAAAAGUAGAGUGAUAGUUUGUUUUGAUGUUAGAUCAGAGAGGCUAAGUUUUAUCAUACCACAUUGGUGGGCCUGCGGCAUUGAGUGGAAGUUAACUUUGACAAACUACAAAGGAAAGUUAGCUAUCAUUGAUGGUCUAGAUUUUGAUUUACGGGUGUUAGAAGAUGUCAAGGAACAUCGAUGGUCGAGGACGUCAUUUUUGUUACAUAGAUCUUGGUUGGAUUCUUUAGGAGGAAGAGGAACACCAAUGUAUUUUCCAGGCAUCAACAAGAUCGGAGAAAUUAUUAUUGCACCAAUGUUUUUGCCAUGGGACCUUGGAUCUUUUUACAUUCUCUAUUACAAUGUUGAAAGCGGAAAAGUUAGAAAGGUUCGGCUCGAAGGAAUUGGAGAUGAUGAAGAUUUUGGUGACUGCCAAGUCUAUAUCUGGCCGGAUUAUGGUGGAAACAUUACCUUUUUGUAA